CAUGGCGAAGCAAUGGGCCAAUUAUCCGAUAGACUGUCAGACCACACGUUUUCAAUGCAUUCCUACAAACGCCAUGCAGGAGCUGGGUCUGCCUCACGAGGGGCUAUGCUAUUCCGGUAGCCUUGACUGAAAUGGAAUUUUGAAGAGUGCGAGCGAAGUACAAGAUACCGGGCGAUCCAAGUUUUGGCCUUUCCUUGUGUGAGGGUUGCACCAUUGUAGUGUCAAGAUUUUAUUCUACGACCAUCAGCCAUGGCGUCAGAUACGCAAACCAAGACCUGUCUCGACAUAGCUGUCGACCACCGUAUUAGAAAACUGCUCAAACCUGUCCCGAGAUACACGACGGAUUCCUCCCCACAUGUCUCCCGCCUGGAGCAAGAGGGCCGGUCGUUGCGAUUGCCACGCGCCGAGAUCCAAGUCACAGCGCAGCUAGCGGGCCCGCCUGUAAAAGGCGGCAUCGUCGUCAUGCUGCAGCAGCCCCGGCACAACCACCCGUUCGAAGAGGGCCUCGGCGCCGUCAUUGACAGCUGCGAAACGCUCCGUGCCCUUGAAGACAUAUUCACUGUGGUCUCCUGCGGGACCCUGGAUUUUCGGGAGGACAUCGCCGUCGUCGAUCUGCUCCCAUAUGUUUCGGGAGACCCAAGGGAUGUCGACAACACGAGGUUGAGGAACGCCUUUCUCUUAUCAACUGCGACUAUCUACGACAAGAGUCCCGACGUUCUGCUCUGCGCGGGCAAGAUCAUGAUGCCCUUGGCAAGAGCAAAGGCUGUCAAGGGCAGUUCUUACAUGUUGGAGAAUAUCGGGAUCGGGGAGCAAUUCAGAGCUGGGUCGAAGUGGCCAGAUAAGGCGAGGUUUCGGCCCGAAGGCCAGCGUGCGUUUGUUGCCGUUCCCAAAGUCAAUGGGUUUCACCCGAGCCACGCGAUGAACUAUCACUCUCACGUCAGUCAUCUCAGGCAGCUUCUGAUUCUGAUUGGCGCCGAAGCCUGCGGCAUGUAUCGGAGUGACUGGGAGAACAGUAUAUGGAUGGACGAGUUGAGGCUUCGUUGCAAGGAGUAUACCUCGCGCACAGUUGCACGGUCUACCAGAUCUCCCACGCCAAUGAGCCCUGGUAGAGACGAGACUAGGCGCAGCAGCACGAAAUACAUACCAGAGUAUCAAGAGCUCUACUCGAAGACCCUGGUCGACAUAAGGAUGUGCGUCAGCCGUCUCAUUCCCACCGACCAGGGCUACGAGGUCUUGCUCAACAGCGGUCUAAGCGAGAAAUGCAAUGACGCCAGUCUUAUGCUGCGCCAGAUGCAUCGCCUCCAGGAAAGGGGUUGGCCCGAAUCCGUAGCGUGGAAGAACGAGGCUGCCCUCGAGCAAGUGGCGGCCGACACUUAUCAGUUCGCCACCGACACUUACCACUUCGUCAAAACACCCGCAAGCAAAGCCGCAAGGCUGCCCAUCGAAACGCCGCUCGCCAGAGCGCUCCGAGAAAACCUCGAUCUCAUAUUUGCGCGUGCCACGGUGGUGCAGCGUCGCAAAGAGUAUGACUUUAGCUUGAAGGACGCAGCCAAUGACUUCCUCGAUCUGGCAGUCGAAAUCGAGACGCUGUUGCUGAAUCUUUUGCAGAAGAAGGAGGCGGCGCUUAACGCACAGGGCCUGGAAGACGUGCUUUCAGAGAAGCUCAGCGGGUUGACCCUUGCGCCGGUAGCUACUCGGGUGGCUGUGAGAGAUUCACGCUCGUAGCAGUUCAGUGUUGAGUCGUUGGGUUUGUGUGUUGGGGAUACUGCUUUUAUGACGUCUGUACAAUUUUUGUGGAUAUUAAACGUCAUGUUCCAAAAUGGGCUUCAUCACAAAGAGACAGAGCCCGUGCUAAGAUUUCAGUAGCAAUGAUUCAGCUGUAAGAACGUUUUAAAGUCA